AUGGUCUCCGGCAAAGGGAACGUGCUGGACCAGUACCGGUGCUCGGACAUUUACAAUGCGCUCGAGACAGGGAAUGAUUCCCUGGCGCUGACCAAGGCGGAUGUUUUGCUAAAGAAGGGUCCGCUGCCUCUUGCGAGUGCGCUUCGAUCGAUUGCGCUGGUGCGCUUGGGCCGGAUCGACGAUGCACGCAACGAGAUCGAGGUGCUGCUGCGCGGCAACAUCGAUGCGGGUGUGCUUGCGCCGCUGUCGUUUGUCAUGCCGCUUGUUGGAAUGGAGCAAAAGCUCGCGGACCUGUACAUUUUCGCGAGCCAGGCGCAGCCGAAGAACCAGGAGCUCGCCGAAGACGCCUUCCUGACGCUCGUAAAAGGCGGCAUGCUGCAGCGCGCGCAGCAGUUCCUCCUGAAACAGUACCGCACUUCGAAAGACAAAACGGACUUUUGGCGGUACAUGCAGGUCGCCGUCUUGCAGUCGCAGCAGCUCAAGCCGCCCGGCUCGACGCUCGCGCUACAGGUCGCGCUGCGUCUUUUGAACGAGAACCCGGUCGACGAGUCGACGUUUACAGAAGAGACGCUCUCGCUCUACCUUCGUUUCCACCUCUUGCUAGGCAAAGCGCACCUCGGCCAGGCACUUGCUAUGAUGCAAGAGCCGGUGCCGAAGCGCCUUGCUGAAAACAGUCUCGGUAUCCAGUUCCUCUUGCGCGAGGCGUGGGAGGCGCAUGGCGACCUGGGCAGCGUCGCGGACGAUUGCCGUGCGCGCAUCGUGGCCGGCGACCGCAACUGGGCGGUGAUUUCUCUGUACAUCCGCAUGCUGGUCGCGUUGGCUACGCAGGCGUCCGAGGCGCUGCAUGACGCCGACCUGGCCGUGCUGGUGGAUGCGGCCGAGAAGGACAAGUGGGCAGACCGUGGCUCGUUCCUGGGCGUGCUCGAAAUGUACUGCCAGGCGAAUGCCGCCAAGCUCUCGACUGCGUACCUCGCCAAGCGCGGCGCCGUCUUUGACAAGCUGCUCGCCAAGUACUAUGUGCAGUUCUCGACCAAGGCGACGUGCUUUGAAGACCUGUACCCCUACCUUUGCGAGCUGAGUGACGGGGACCGCACUGCAUUCCUCGCGGCUGCGCUCCAAAAGAAGCCGCCGCUCACGUCCGAGGACGGCAUUGUGCGCUGCGUCAAUGCGGAAAAAAUCAAGUACCUGCUCGAGCCGCAUGGCAAGCAAGUGGCUGCCGGCCGGCUCCUCAACGAGUACGUCACGUCGCUGCGCUUUGCGCGUCUGCCAGACACGGAAAUGCAAACGGGCGACGACCUCGCGUUGCUGGCGUCGUACAUGUCGCUCACCGCGGCGGAUGUGCCGACGCAUUUGUGCGCAGCGGCGAUUGCCUCGUACGGCGUUGCAGAGAGUCCGCGUGGCUACCGCCUGCGCAUGCUCUUUAUUCGCCUCUUGCAGGAGCUGGGUGCGAUGAAGCUUGCUUUCGCGCAGUACACCGUCCUGGGCCUCAAGGCGGUGCAGUUCGAUACCGCGUCGCACAUCGGUCUCGAACGUAACGCAGCGUUUGGCGGCGCACUUGGCCCGGUGAUGGAGAACGAGUGGUCGGAUCACAUGGCCAAGUUUUACGGGCAGAGCGACAGCGAGCUGCCGGAAGUCAUCGGCCAAGCGUUUUCUAACAACAAGUUUUCCCAGAUCGCCAGUCUGUGCGAGUUUGGGCACCGCCUCGAAACGUCUGUGACGCGCGCCUUGGUCAAGCUCGACCUGAUCCGCGGCGAGAUCAUCGACCAAGAGCUGGACGCGACGCAGCGCACGCGGGCCAUCAAGGCGGUCGAGCGCCUGCUGGACAUUGCGAAGAAGAGCUCGUUUAGCGACCAGCGCGACACGUCGCUCCUCCCGUGUUAUAACAAGGCGCACUGGGCGCCGAUCCAGCAGACGAUCGACGGCCGCCCCCGGCGUGCGUCGGCGGCGAUCGUGAGCCUGCUCGAGGUCGUAACGCUCGUGCUGGAUAUUGCGCCGCCGAGCAGCGUUGACGCCAAAGACGAGCUUACCCAGGCUGAGCACGCACUGGUCGCCCUGGCCCGCACGCUGCGUGCCGAGCAGCCCGAGGCGGUGGCCGCCACCACGUUCUACCAAGCCAUUGCCACGACGCUUGGCCAAGUGCCGAGCGCUUUUGAUGCGCUGCACACUGCCUGGAUCGGCAUCGAGGGCCUGCGCAUUUUCGAGAUCCUCGCGGAGCGCAAGGGAUGGAACCUCGACACGGUCCUGGCCGACUCCUUGCCUCACCUCACCUCGGCGCACCAGACCCUCGCGAAGCUCGCUGCCGACGAGCUCCCGGUCAGCGUCGAGCCGUACUUUACCGGCACCGAGGCGCCUGCGCCAGUCGUCGAUGCGAUCCGUGCGCUGAUUCCCCGUAUUGCUGCCGACCGCGCCGAGGCAGUAAGAGACGUGCAGCUCCUGUACCAGAGCGCAUGCAAGAACUACAUGUAG